UGAAAAUUUUACACUUUAAGGUGUUUGUUAAGUGUCUCCUGUGUCUCCUCGCCAGACGACCACAAUGAUGAAAAGCUCGCUCUGCUUCUCGCUCUGUCUCCUGCUCGGCCUUGCGGCCAAACCUGCGCUCACCUUGUCGCUGGUCAACAACUGCAGCUUCAGCGUCCACAUGCCGGAGCUACGAAGAUAUUACUCCGAAAUACGCUUGAAAGCGAUUCGAGAAGACACGGAGAUUGGAGUGAGGAUUCUGAGCAUAACGGCAAUGAGAGACGUUCAGGAUGAUCAGACAUGCUGCUUCCUGCGCCUGCUCCUACGCUUCUACGUGGAGAGGGUGUUCCGCAACUUUGCCGGCGAUCAGCCACAGGAGCAACGCAGCUGCAGCGCCCUGGCCAAUGCGUUUGUCGCCAUGAAACGGAAUAUCAACAAAUGUCACUGCCUCUGCAACGAGGAGACGCACAAAGCAAUCGACUCUCUGGAAACGGAGUUUACCAAGCUGUCCACCGACAAGGCGGCAAAGAAGGCCGUAGCGGAGUUGGAUACACUACUGGAUUGGCUGGACGAAGUGGACCAGGCAUCAGCCCCAAAAUAACCCCUAAAACAGCAAAUAUUAACUGAACUGUGACAUUUGACAUUUCUGUACGUAAUACUUGAAUUAAUUUAAUGUGUUUAUUUUUAUACACUUUAUCUCAUAUGUUGAUAAUUUAAUAAUUUAAAUUUGUUUGUUUCAAUGCCAAAUUAUGCAAUGCAACAAAUUUCCUAAUGCCCAAACAUUGCAGAUAUAUUCGUUUUUACCACUUGGUAAAGAAAAUAAUACAAUGGAAAA